CGCCUAUCGACUACCGUCUAUCGAUUACACGCCGGCACAAAAUAGUGCAUUUGUUUAAACAAAUGUAAAUAAACACUGUAUUUAAAAAUUAAUGUGGACAUGGACCGGGAACGCAUAGUGGCGAGUCCAUCGGCCAGCGAUUCCAAUUCAUCCGUGCACUCCCAACGCCUACGCAGAAGAGAUAAGCGUAGGCGGGACAAUGACAAUGCUUCCACCGAUCAUAUAAGUAUAGUCGCGGAAGUGGCCAACAUCUACAAAGCGGAUCUCCAGGACAGCUUGCUGGCGCUUCAAAUGCCACAGAAGAACCGAUUUCUAGAGCAGAGCAACGACUUUAUAUCCGUGCACGAUCUCCUGCUCAGUCAAGAUGAUUACAGCAUCCCGCAGGAGCAGGAGGAAGCAGCGCCAGUGCCCAUUUCUGAGCUGAUAUUACGAGACUUUUGCUCAUCCCCCACAUACGAGGAGGAGGAGGAUGAACCGAUCUAUGACUCGCCGCCGUGGUUUCGAUUUCGAAAGAAACGAAUAAAAACCUACAGCCGAAAGCCGCCAACCAGGAAGGAGCCACCAGUUGCCACCCACGAAGAUGAAGAGGAUCGUAUGAGCUGCUCUUCCGGUCUGUCGGUGCAGGAGGAUCACACAGCCGCAGCGCAUGUGCCACCGACGACAGCACUGUCUGAAUUAGAUGCCAACAGCUCACAGAAGAUUUGCGAAAAUCUUCUAAAUUUAAGUGAAUAUUUCUCCCUAAGCAAUCCCAGUCCAAAGCCCAGCAAGGCCACUGCUGGUAUUCACAAAGCGAUAGCUGCCAAUACGAGCAUUGAUCUACCCAUAAAACAAGAGGCAACAUUGCAGAGGAAGAAUGUAGAUUCGGAUUCAUCUGUUGAGUGCACAACUGUUGAAUGUGCAAGUCGGGAGCUGGGAGACGAACCCUCUGAUGUCUGUGAUAACAAACGACCCCAAGGAAACGAAACAAACACACUUUUCGGCAAGAGUGGGAGAAUUCGUAGGACAUGCUUGGAUUCCAAGGUUUGUGAGGACUGGUCCGAAGGUGAUUCGUUUCUGGUGACUUACAACACCGAAAAGAUGCCAUUGGAUGAUGAUGAACCUGAACAAACGGAUAAUUCAGAUGAACAGCCAACCAAGGGCUCGGAAACCAACGAUCCGAGCACUCAAUUUACAUUGGAAGACAUCCCAAUAAGUGAGUGGCAAACGACAAUGGAUGUUCCCGAUGUUUCAAAUUGCAAAACUGAAGCGCCGCCUGAUCAGACUGUCAAAUUGGAGGAGACGGUAAAAAUUGAAGCCGAGUUCCUCCACUGCAUUUCGGACUGGGAGCCUUUGGAUAUUCCCGAAGGCAUUGCAUUCCGAACAGCUUCAAACAAACCGAUUGAGGUGUCCGAGGAGAUGCAAAUGAAGGCAGCCAAGCUACUGGCAGACGUCGAAGCUGGAGAAUGGAAGCCAAUGGAUACUGGAGAAUCUGUUGGAUUCCGAACUGCCUCAAAUAAAACCAUUGAAGUCUCUGAAGAGAACGAAUUGAAGGCAGCCAGGCUACUGGCAGAUGUCCAGGCUGCAGACCAAAUGAGCAAAAUAGAAAUAAGUGAUACUCAGUUCCUGCAAGACAUUCAUUUAAGCCAAUGGCCAGCCAUGGACGUUCCAGAAGCUGUGGAAUUCCGAACAGCCUCAAACAAAUGUAUCCAAAUAUCGGAGGAGAUGAGGCUGAAAGCUGCCAAAUUAAUAGCUGAAGUUGAAGCAGGAGAAGUAAGCAAACCAGAAACUACAAGUAACCAUCAAAACCCAAAAGAAAUUGUAGUCAGUGAAUGUCAGGAAAUGGCUGGCUCAGAGGUUUUCGGCUUCCGAACAGCCUCCAACAAACGGAUUGAAGUUUCUGAAGAAAUGAAAGCAAAGGCAGCUAAAUUAGUAGCCGAUGUGGAAGCUACUAACAUCAAUGAAUGGAACCCAAUGGAUAAUCCUGAAACAGUUGCUAUUCAACCAGCUACCAAUAAAUAUAUCCAAGUAUCGGAGGAAAUGAGACUGAAAGCUGCAAAAUUAAUAGCUGAAGUGGAAGCAGAAUAUGUUAGCCAACCAAAACCUUCGAGAAGUCAAACCCACAAAGAAAAUAACUUAAAUGCGUGGCAGGAUAUGGAUACUUCAGAGGUUUUCGGCUUCCGAACAGCCUCCAAUAAACCAAUUGAGAUUUCCGAGGAGAUGAAAGCGAGAGCAGCCCAAUUGUUAGCCGAAGUUGAGGCAGCAGACUUUAAUGAAUUUAAUCCAAUUGAUAAAUCUGAAACAUUUGGAUUCCGCACAGCGUCCAACAAACACAUUCCAGUUUCGGAGGAAAUGAGAAUGAAAGCUGCCAAACUAAUAGCUGAAGUCGAAGCAGGAGAUGUAAGCAAACCAAAACCUUCAAGCAGUGGAAAUCUCCAAGAAAUGUGUAUAAAUGAGUGCCAGGAAAUGGAUGCCUCAGAGUUUGUCGGCUUCCGAACAGCCUCAAACAAACCAAUCCAAGUUUCUGAGGAGAUGCAAGCGAAAGCGGCCAAGCUGCUGGCUGAUCUACAAGCUCCAAGUGACGCACAGUUUCUGCAGGAAAUGGACUUGGCUGAGUGGGAGGCAAUGGAUAUCUCUGAAGUGUCGGUUAACGAAAGGCAGCCCAGUGAUAUUCCGCAAAAAGUUGGCUUCAAAACAGCCUCAAAUAAGCAAAUCGAAGUCUCGGAGGAGAUGAAAGCGAAAGCAGCCAAAUUGAUAGCCGAUGUCUACGCAGAACCAAUAAAUGAGCCAAUUCAGAAGAGUCAUCAGGCAGCUCCUUCAAGCGGUGCCCAGGAGGUAGUGGAUGAGGCAUCAGUUGGGGCUGCGGUUCCUUUGAAUUGUGAUCCUGAAUGUCAGUUGGAAUUGUCAGAUUAUCAUUCCGGUGAUGAUUUCAAAGGUUUCCAAUUGGACGACUGCCAGCCCAUAGACUUGCUUGACCUCAAUGUCUUUCCCAGACAAUCACAGAAAGCAGAGCAUAAAGCUGACUCAAAAUCUGUGACACCCAAGCAGCGACGGGAAACUUGCGAAGGCAUUCCCUCUAGCAAGCGUCGACGACGGCACGCAGACACUCAGAAACUUUCAACCACUCCACAGAAACACGGCAGGCAGCUCUCCAAAACAACGUCGUGUCACAGUGCCCUGGAAUCGCCAAUCAAAUCACAGAGCGUACCCGACUCUCUGUCACAACUGGGGGCGCGUUCCCCCCUCGAUCGCAUCACAAAGACUUCCGUGAUUGCUCGAAGGAAUCUGCUGUCGCUUAGCAGGCGACGCAAGCGGGUCAGCACCGUUGGGGAUGAAUGCCCGGCCCAACCCACUGACACUGUCACUCCGGUUAAGCCUCGCUUUGGACCGAUGUCUGCUUCGACGAGCACGCCGCUGGCAAACAGGAACAUUAACAUAGUGGAAGAGGAUGUUUCGCCCAUUUGCAUGCCUCCGCAGAAAGCUCCCCGCAUUGGCCUGAGUCGUAGUCGCUAUUAGUCAAUGUUGUUAUUAGAUUUCUACUGAAUGCCCAGUCCUAUGCCACUGGUUGGCUUCAUAUCCAGAACUUCCCAAGUGAGUAAAAAGAUAACAAAAG